CUACAUUUUCCCCAGCAGAUCCGAGCAGAUUAGAUGUGUUUGUCAUUGGAAAGGGUUUCAUUUCUAUAAAGUAAGUACUGUCUAUCAACAGAUAACAGUUUAACAUAUAUAUUUACGCUUAACAGAUGGUUGUUCUAAGAAUAAGGAAAGCCCACAAAAGACGUUAUGCACUUCUAUGUUUGAGCAUUGUUGGCUUCAUCAUGUACCGGUACCUGGGUACUGCGCCCGGAGGCAGGAGAAUGAGCAGGAGAGUAGGUUUGAGUGCCAACUCGUCCCAGUUCACCUUGGAGGGAGAAACAUUCCGUAUUCUGGGGGGAUCCGUCCAUUACUUCCGGGUCCCUAGAGCCUACUGGAGAGACCGCCUGAUGAAAAUGAAGGCUUGUGGCAUCAACACCCUCACUACAUAUGUACCAUGGAGCUUACAUCAGCCAGAGAGAGGGGUUUUCCACUUUCAAACAGAGUUGGAUUUAGAAGCCUACAUUAACUUGGCUGCUGAGGUAGGACUCUGGGUGAUCCUGCGUCCAGGGCCAUACAUUUGCUCUGAGCUCGACCUAGGAGGGCUGCCGAGUUGGCUUCUUCGUGACGAGAGUAUGAGGUUGAGGACUACUCACCCAGGAUUUGCUGAGGCAGUCAACACGUUCUUUGACAAGCUCAUUCCAAAAGUGGUUCCUCUACAGUUCAAGAAAGGAGGGCCCAUCAUUGCUGUACAGUUGGAAAAUGAAUAUGGAUCAUUUGCAAUGGAUAACACUUACAUGCCUUUCAUCAAGGAGGCUCUACAGUCCAGAGGAAUCAAUGAGCUCUUACUGACGUCAGAUAACCAUGAGGGAUUAAAGGAAGGGGGUGUGACGGGAGUAAUCAGAACAGUGAAUCUACAGAAACUAAAUCAGGAGGACAUCAAGUAUUUGAAUGCUAUUCAGCCCAAUAGCCCCAUGAUGGUGAUGGAGUGCUGGACAGGCUGGUUUGAUGCAUGGGGAGACCUCCACCAUGUCCUCGCUCAAGAGGAUAUGGUUUCUGCUGUACGGGAGAUUCUGAGACGCGGCAUGUCCAUCAACCUGUACAUGUUCCACGGAGGGACUAACUUUGGCUUCAUGAGUGGAGCACUGACAAACCCAAUCUACAAGGCACUAAUCACAAGCUAUGAUUAUGAUGCACCUCUGUCCGAAUCGGGAGAAUACACGCCAAAGUAUCACCUUCUCAGGGAUCUAUUCAGUCAGUACCACAGUGAGAAGCUCCCUGAUAUGCCAGCCCUGCGUUGGAAGGAGACGUAUGAGCCAGCCAUCAUGUACCAGCACCUCUCUCUGUGGGACGCCUUGACCUUCGCUGAGGAGCCAUUUAAAUCACCAACCCCAGUCAACAUGGAGAAUCUCCCAGUGAACAGUGGGAAUGGCCAGUCCUAUGGCUAUACCCUCUAUGAGACCAUUAUAACCAGCGGAGGCUCCCUCAAGUCUGGAGACAAUGUACGGGACAGAGCCCUGGUGUUUGUGGACAGACACUACAUUGGCAUUUUCAAGCAUCAGAAUCUGGAGUUAGCAGUGCCUGAUGGAAAGGAGAAACGGACAUUGAGCUUACUGGUUGAGAACUGUGGACGAGUUCACUAUGGGAAAGCUCUAGAUAAACAGCGCAAAGGACUCGUAGGUGACAUUCUAUUGAACAACAGUCCUUUGAGGGACUUCACGAUAUACAGUCUGGAUAUGAAAACCAGCUUUAUUGAUAGCCUCAACCAGGCGCCUUGGAUGUCCCUUCCACACGUUCCCAGUUUCCCUGGAUUCUUCCUGGGAAGAAUGUUUACCUACGGCUAUCCAAGUGACACCUUCGUCAAGCUACCAGGCUGGGGCAAAGGGGUAGUCUUCAUCAAUGGUUUGAACCUGGGGCGCCACUGGUAUAUCGGCCCCCAGCAAACACUCUACCUCCCAGGACCUUUUCUCAACAGUGGAGUAAACCAGGUCAUUGUGUUUGAAGAGCAGGAAGCUGAUUAUAAAAUCACUUUUGAAGAGACUCCUGAUCUGGGCAUGGCUGUGGACAUUCAGUAACUGCAUUCCCAAGCUACUGUACUUUUAAUAAACAAUAAUACUGGAUGGAUCUUAUUUUUUAUUUUUCUCUGGGACCCAAAAUGCUGUACAUUGUAUGGGGAUAACUCACCAUACAAUAUUGUUCAUAAUUUUAUUGACGUAAAUAUCAUCCAAACUGGAUUUGUAUUGAAUCUAGUAACGAGAACAAAAUAUCACAGCCUAAAAACAAAGCUAUUUUCAACUGGAAUCAUUGUGUUGGCUAAACAAGUCAUCAACGUCUGUAUGUGUCAUGAUGACAAGUAUUUUGGUUAUAACAAAUGGCAUGUCAUGUUAAUGAUAGCAUUCUGGUGACCCUUGCUUCCAAACAAAAUGUUAUACCUGUAUCAUCUGACCACUGAUUGAUAGACUACAAGAGCUUCAGCAGUUUUAUUUUAGUAUUCAUCAUGCAUCAAAUUGGCAAAUAUGAGUUAGUGUGCUGUAUGUGCCUGGCACUUCAAUAAUGUAUCUUCCCUGAGACCAGGACUGUAUAGGACUAAUUAAUACAAAAUUAAACCAAUGCUAUGAUUUUGAACAGAAAUUACAAUAUCAACAAAAAUAAUAAACCACUUCAAACAAGGAAAGCAAAGAGAUGCUGACAUACUAAGUACAUUUUUAUGAUCGUAUUUACAUAUAAAUAUUACAGUGGCAGUUUACAAUGCAGAAGUAUUCCUUCUGUUUACCUUUGAAUAUCAAAUCAAAGGUCAAUAAGUGGUGUUUGGGGUCCAGACUGGUCAGAAAAUGACAUACUGUAUCAAGGGAAGAUUAUUACUGGCAUGUAUCCUGUAGUAUGUGUUGUGAAAUAAUAAUAUUGCAUUGACUAGCAUUAUAACAUUUAUUUUUAAUUUUUUUAAUAAAACGUUUUCACUGGCAAA